AACACCGUGAGAGACGUGUCAAAUACAAGUUAAAAGAACAAGUUCAGCUUUUCCUUGUUUUAACAGUAUCUUAUUAAAUCGGCUGUUUGCAUUGACGCGGACAACAGCGAUGGUAGAAUAAUCAAUGAUUUUAAAGAAAACAAUGUGUUCUGCAUAGAAAUGUCAAAUUUGCGUGUGUUUUAAUCAAACCAAGAUCACGAUAUAACGUUUUCGCCUCGACGCUGAAUCAACCCUAUAGUUUGGUCAGAAAUAAUAUUUUUUGACUGAAAUAUACGGAUGGGAAGUAAACAAUCAAGUGUUCUGUUCAACAGCUGUCAGUUUACGUUCCCAAGUUUAAACCUCGAAUUUAUUCGACCAUAAAUAAAGUGUUCGUGCGCCCAUGAUUAUCAUUCGUCUUGUACAAAAUGGCGGAGCAAAGGAAGAGGCCACCAACACGUUAAAACUAUGUAAAUGACUCAAGUUAUUUAUUGAAACAUAUAAUACAGGGCCGUGUCUGUCAAAUAAAACCACAUAUAUACCCUGCAAUUUCAUAGGUUAGUGUUUUCCCUCAUCAUGGCAAUUUUCUUUACUUUCCCCUUGUCUCGGAAUGUCAGCCAGCUAGCUGCCAGCUAGCUUGCUAACCGCUUCUGGCUAGCAAAGCGUCACUACGGUUCAAUUCAAAUUGGUAGCGAGACGGCUAGGAACUGGGACUAGCAUUUUGGCUUGGUGUAGCGAAACAGUGCUUGUGCACCUGCUGCUAUGCCUCGUCAUAUUCUACUCUCUCUACUACAUGAUUGGGAGUGUGUGUUUCGGCGCGUUCAGGUUGGAUCACUUUGAUGGACUUAUUCCCUUUGACUUUAAGACUGAACCAACCAAUUUGGAGUCCAACUCCAAAUACCUGGUGAACCUGCUGUCCAUGGAGUUGACCUAUUUCUGCAGUGGUCUGCUGUUUGCAGCCGUGGUGAGGAGAUGGGUCUGGGACUACGCUCUCACAGUCACACUACUGCACGUACUGCUCACCAGCCUGGUGAUGUUGGAGUUUCCCUUGGUAUGGCAGUGGUGGCUGGCCCUUGGCAGCGGGUUGUUUCUGAUGAUCUGUAACGGUCAGCUGAUAGCUUACUUCACCUGCCAGAGUGACCAGAGUUACCCCACCUUCAACAGCUACUGAGUACACACACACACACACACACACACACACACACACACACACACACACACACAGUCUUUGCAGUCAGUCCGGUGGAAAUGGAGGGAAACCAAAUGUUCCUGUUGACUUGGUUACCUGUUUGAUUGUUGCACUUUGUUUCUGUUGGACCGGCUUCCCAGACACCAAUUGAGCCAAGUGAUUCUCCAAUGAGCAAGCUUUUGAGUCCAGGAAACAGCUCUUAUAUGUCAUAUCUGUAGUAUGUCAUAUCUGUAGUAUGUAAUUGAAUGUUAAUCUUAUGUCAGACAAUGUUAAUCAUGUAAUUGAUCAUCUUAGUAUUAAAGUAUUAAACUAGCUGUAACCUCA